AUGGCGGACGCGACUGAAGCACCACCGGAACGCCAGCCGCUGCUACGCCGUGGAGAUGUCGACGCGACCGAGGUCUAUCCUAUCAUACAAAUGAUCAGACGUGAUGUCAUGCAUUUCAUAGAUACUCCUCUCUCGCAUGAUGCGCUCAUCGCCCCAGACCUCACAUACACCCUCAUCCGACCGCUCGAAGACAAAUACGGCGCCAUUCAACGCCAAGGCAACCUCUCCGUCGUCUUCGCCCUGCUCCUCAACCGCGUCUACUUCAUCCGCGACCGCCAUCUCACCACGGUCGCGCUCUCGAAGACCCGCGCUGACCUGUGCGAGAUCCUCGCUACCCGCGCGCUGCGCGAGCACGCGGAGAACAUGCUUGAGCUUGCACUGGCACUGACGACCAGCUGGUCGGUGUAUGCGGGCGCGCCGGAGUUCCUGCUGCAGCGGGCGCGGGAGGAGAACGACGACGAUUUGGAGGACCAGGUGGGGAAUGCGAUCGAGAUGGCCAUCUUGGGUCAGGCGAAGCGGUUUAUCAAGAGCUCGGCGUGCCAGAAGGUUAUCGACGGCAUUUGGAGUGGAAAGAUAGUGUACCAAGCCAGCAGCAGUCGCUCGAUACUUUCAGAUACAUAUAAACGGAAUCCUAUCCACUUUUACGACCCUCAUAAAGCACCUCUGCUAGACCAUUAUCGCCUCAAAGUACCCGCAAUACGCUCCGUUCUAGAAUACAUCAACUUCCUCACACUAUUUGUUCUCUUCGUAUUUGCACUGGAGUAUAGCGAGCUGAACAGGAUCAAUAUCGCCGAAGUCCUCUUCAUCAUAUAUGCUCUUGGUUUUACUCUCGAGAAGGUUGCCGCCAUGCAAGAGCAUGGAAUCAAAGUAUACUUCAAGGGUACUUGGAACGGCUUCGACUUAGCAUUCGUCACUCUGUACUGUACAUAUGCUGUCAUGCGAUGCAUCGGGGUGUACGAAAACAAGCAUUGGGCCAGGGAAAUGGGUAUUAGCUGCCUUGCGCUGAUAGCCGUACUCAUGUUCCCUCGUCUUGCGUUCGUGACAUUCAAGAACAACGUCAUGGUGCUCUCGCUGCGCGCAAUGAUGGUGCAGUUCGUUGUCCUCAUGGGUAUUGCCGCUUUCUGUUUCGGAGGUUUCUUAUAUGCGCUGUGGACUCUUGGAAAAGACCACGCACACGCAAGGUAUAGCCUGGGGACGAUUGCUUGGUGGAUGCUAGACCUCUGGUUUGGACUGGAUGCCAGCGGCUUUGACAACGCUACGCGAUUCCACCCUAUCUUCGGGCCAUUUCUGAUGGUCACCUACGCUUGCCUGAGCAAUACACUACUCCUUACUGUGCUCGUUUCUAUUCUCUCGCAUACGUUCUCCACCAUCAACGACGAUGCUGCUGCAGAGGCAAUGUUCCGGCGCGCUGUGUCUACGCUAGAAGGUGUUAAGGCGGACUCUCUCUUCUCGUAUCAGCCGCCGAUCAACCUCGUCGCCCUUUGUAUCAUGUUGCCCGCGAGUUACGUUCUCAGCCCGCGCUGGCUCACGAGCUUCCCGAUACUGCUGAGUAUCGCGUGGUACGAGCGGCAGGCGAAGCACUCCGGGUCGUUCACAUUCUACGAGACAGUGUCCGCGGCUGCAGAGAAGCUCUUCGAUACGUUGCCUCGGCAUCUCAAGCGACUCACAUUAUUCGAGGGUUUGACUGGCCCCGAUGCUGACAUCGACGCAAUCUUCGAGCUGGAAGAAGAGCUGGAAGAAAGCGCCCUAGACUUGAACGAGACGGACGACGUGCCCCCAAUAGACCCAGCGCACCAGCGCCGCUUGUCACAAAUGUCGCGUCGGCGCGCAUCCCAGUCCUCUUCUCACGGCCCACGCCGCCCUUCCAUCUCGGGAUCGAUCGCAGGCCGCUCGACCGCGACAGCUCCGCCCUCACCCCUCAAAGCAGAACAGGCCGGCCCGUCCUCGCCCCCCAACCAGUCGCAGCAGCCCGGGAGCCAACCGGCUAUGAGCCACAUCCCACUCCCAGGGCGCGCACGCGUCAAUUCCGUGCUCGCGCGCGGCCUCGAUCUUGCACAGAGCGUGUCAAGCCCCCUCGCGCAGAUAUUCCAGCCGCUCAUCGUCGAUGACGAUUUCAUCUCCGGAGGGGACGACCAGAACUCGUCCGAGGCCGCCACGUCUGGCCCAAGCGGCAACGGUAUGAGCGCAGGUCAAAUCAGCUACGGGCCCGCGACGCGCCGCCGGCUUUCGUCUAUGCACGUCUUGAGCCCGCCGCGGCGGGGGCGCACGUAUUCCUCCGCAACGCCCGCACUGGGCCUCAUCCCGGGCCACCGGGAAGCCGGGGCGGACGGCGCGGGGCCGAGUCUGAGCCCGGAACGUGGGGGUUUGACAGCGCUGCGCAAAUUCCCGACAAAUAGCCCUCUGCGGUCGCACCUGGGGCUUAUGGCCACGCAGGCGCCGCUCUCGGAGAGCCCAGACGAGCGAGGGGAGGCCCAAAGUGCGGUGUCCUUCAACGAGCCCAGGGAGACCGCAAGUCAGGCUGAGGCAGAGGAGGAGAAUGGUAUGGGCGAGGUGACCGAUAGAGCGGCAUGGGAGCAGAGGUGGGAAGGCAUCGAAGCGAGGCAGCGGCGGAUGGAGGAGAUGCUCAUGGAGAUCGCGGCGAAUCUGCGCGCCCAGCGAUGA